UGUGAUGUAUUCGCUGCUGUGCCUCUCAGUUUUCGAGUUAUUUUCUUUAAUUCUUCUUGUUAUACGCUCUACUGGUGCGGAAGACCAAGGGAGUGAUUGUCUUUACGUAUCCCAUCUCAGCGGUGAAGACUCGCCUCAGUGUGGCUCUUUUGCUGUGCCCUGCCGGACAUUACCACAAGCGCUACUUCUAGUAAACAAUAGUGGCAAAAUUUGCCUCAAUGGGAUAGACAGUGAGUCAAAUCCAUACGAUUGUUUGAAAACGGUUGGUCCUAAUGGAACGAAAUUGAGAGCUGUGGGGAAAAGUGUAUCGAUACAGGGUGUAUCCUCCCCGGCACACAUUUCAUGUGGAUUAGUAUUUGCAUCAAGGUCGAAAUAUGGUUCUGUCAAGGUUUCUCUCUCAAACCUUGUAUUCAACAAUAGCAGGUAUGGAUUAGUAUUCUUCAAUGUGCCUUCUUAUGAUGUCGUCAUCUCCGAUUGCAAAUUUAUCAAUUGCAUGAGGGCCAUUUUCAUGCUGUGGGAAGGAAGUCAGGGUUCUUCCCGUGAAAAGAGUAGUCUUGUAGCCACUGAUAGUAAAUUCCAGUAUAAUGCAAAAUCUAUUCUUGUCAUGCUCCCUAACGACUUCUUUGAGAUGACCAUAUCAAGAUGUCUUUUCCAGGAUGCGAGGGGACGAUUUCAUGUUACAAAUGAUGAUAGAAAGAUAACAGGUGCCGUGUUUGUCCGUUCUCAAGCUAGUUCAGUUAUAACGUAUCCUAUUCGUGUCUUAGUCUCAAUUACUAACUCUAUUUUCCAAGACCUUGGCCAUAAAGACAACAGCUUCGCUGUAUCCGUAAGAGUUGACAACCUCUUUGGCGACGGGAAUGUAUCAUUAUUAAACACGUCGUUUCUUAACAACGAAAAUUCUGUCUUUGUGCACGGCGGGUUUGGAGUAAAUUUGACUCACGUAACGGUUCAUUCCACAUACGGGUAUGCUAUCAUUGCCAGUGCUCCCCCUAAAACAUCCAUUAAAGCGCCAGGUGUAAAGGUCUUCCUUGAAAGAUGCGUCUUGGUGGACAACCGGAUUGGCAUAAGGAUGUCAACGACCACUUGCUUAGAUAAUACGGCUCGGUAUUGUUCAACGGGCGACCAAACGCUUGUUGUAAAAAACAGUCUUAUACUGGGAGGUAACGAAACAUUAGGCGCUGGUGAUGCAAUCAGAUUUGGAAUGAGUUUCCCUAAACAGAACUAUACCCGUGCAGUCUUAAAACCUAGCAAAGAAGAGGUGUAUUUGUCGCCAGAUUUUGAAGCAAAACUACUUCUUGAAAAUGUCACUUUCCACGGGUUACACGACUGUGCACUGUCUGUUAGUACCGAAAAAAACAUACGAGGGCUCAUCUCGGUGAAAAACUGCAGAUUUCUCAACAAUUAUCAGUUUGUGAAUCGAUUAUAUGAACGAGCAACUAUCCAAAUUGAAUUUCCGAAGGACGAUCCGCCGAAAUGUCCACGUGCAACAAAAGGAAAUGAAAGUAAGGAACUGGUCUGGGACAAGAAGUCAGAGCUACCGGUUAUAAUUGAAGAUACUUUAUUUGAAAACAACGUGGGCAUCGCUGGAGCAUUGAGCUUUUUGAAUGGCAACGUCACUAUCAAGAACUGCGCAUUUAAAAACAAUGAGGGAGUGGCUUUGGGAGGUCAUGUAUAUAUGAAGACAGGCUUCGGCAUUCUGAACAUCAAUAAUUGUAGUUUCCUGCAAAAAGAAACAAAUUUGAUAGGUCAUUCCAACGUGUCAGCCGUUGGUUGUUUUCUUAGAUCUGAGAGCGCUGGUCCAUUAAAGAUUCAAAAUUCGUCUUUUGUAGCAGACGUUAAUCAAGAAUUCGAUCCAAUCUUUGCUGUGACGAAAAGCAAUACGAUUAAGAUCGACAGUUCGACCUCCUUCAAAUGUCCAGAUGGAAAACAGAUCACGCUCAAAAACAUCGCCAGACAAGCCGGUUUCGAACUUGUUAGAGAAGGUAAGACUUGCUGGAUAAGCGUAGCUUAUGUCAAAUUUUUUUGUGAAGAGUGUCAGGAUGGAUUCUAUAAUUUAAAAAGAGGAUCUUCCAGUGGUCUGGAUAUUCACAAGGAAACAAAAUGUCUUAAAUGUCCUUACGGGGCGACGUGUGAAAAUGGAGACAUCGAAGCCCAAGAAAACUUUUGGGGCUGCUACUCUUCAUCACUAUCAACUAAGCUGGAGUUUCAUCCCUGUCCACUGGAAUACUGUCGACCUCCUACCCGUCCUAAUACUUAUGCUUUUAAUGGUUGCCAUGGCAGCAGGACAGGCGUUUUAUGCGGCCAAUGUACUGAAGGAUUCAGCGAAGACUUAUAUUCUACAUCUUGUCGAGAGAGAGAAAAAUGCCAUGAUCACUGGUUUUGGAUGGCGAGUUUAAUCUACGUAAUAAUGUUGUCUCUCUACCUCGUUUUCAAGCCGCCUAUCUUCCCGUGGCUGUACCGGCAAUGCUUUUGGUUUAGAAAGAAAUCCAACAGCAGCCAAAGACAGGCAGCACCACAUGAAGGAAACGAUGAAGAACACGAUGCUGGGUAUUUCAAGACCAUCUUCUACUUUUAUCAAGUUGCUGAAAUACUGAUGAUCAAGUCCCCUGAGGCAGCCCUUCACAUAGUUCCUUUUGUUACACCAGUCAUUGCACUUUUUAAUUUCCAGAUACGGACCAUUAAUGGCAGCAUUGGAUGCCCAUUUCCUGGCUUCAAUGUUGUAACCAAAGAGCUGUUUUUGUGCUUGAAGUUCUUAGCGACGUUGCUCUCCAUUGCCAUAAUUUAUGCCAUCCAUCGAGUCAUAAGUCGGUUCCGGCACAUUCCUAAACCUUCCCUUACACUAUACCUGGCUGUGGUUCUGGAGACCCUGUUACUAGGCUACGAGACCCUAGCAGAUACAUCUCUGAAGCUCAUGCACUGCGUUCCCGUAGGGCGGGAGUGGCGUCUGUUCAUAGACGGAAACAUCCACUGUUGGCAGUGGUGGCAGUACAUGCAAAUUGUCUUCAUCUUGGUAUUUAUCAUUCCCCUUGUGCUCGUCCUCUUCUGGGGAUCGCUGAUGCUUUCCAAAGACAAAUUGUCCGCCAAGGAGUUCUUGACUUCCUGUGCAUUUCCUUUGCCUUUUCUUUUCAUGUGGCUCUAUCGUUACGUUUUCAAGAAACCAAGUUUGCACGAGUUUAAACUGUUUUGGGGGAAUACCCACGACGCCGAAGAAAUUAAGAAAGUUCUCCAUGAUCCAUUCCGUCCACCCUGUGGUGAUGACCAUGGUACAUUGUACUGGGAGAGUGUGCUGACCGGUCGGAGGUUCCUACUACUGACCAUUCGUAACUUCAUCACUGAUCCUUUAACGCGAUUCAUCUGUUUGGAUUUCGCAUGUGUUGUAACUCUGGUGCAUCAUCUUGUGUCGAGACCAUUUCGUAACCGUAAGGCCAACAUAUGUGAAGCUCUUUCUCUUAUGAGCCUUGUUGCUAUUUGCACUUUCAACCUAGCAGAAGUCACCCUUAUCGCCCAGGGACUCGAGCCUACUGGACCAAGAGAGAACCUUUUCUACGCGUUGGAGUGGAUGGAAGUCGCUUUGCUUGGCUUUCUACCAGCUAUAGCCUGCAUCCUGGUGGUGCUUGCGGCCUUAUCUCAAGUCAUACGAGUGCCGUACUACUGCCUCAGACUAUUACGAAGAACCGUGUGUCUGCGUUCUCAUUUCUAAAAGUCCUGUCAAAUCAUUGUGCAGAUGGAUGUAACAAGGACUGU